AUGCCCGUGCUCAUUGCUGUGUCAAGCGCUCUCCUUAUCCUAUAUUAUCUGAUCAGCUCUCUUUUCGCCCCUUUGCGGGAUGUUCCAGGUCCAGCACUCGCCCGAUAUACCCGCUUGUGGGAGUUGUAUAAGAAUUGGCAAGGCCAAUUUGAGCACGUCACAGUCGCUCUACAUAAGCGAUACGGUCCUAUCGUCCGGCUAGCACCUAAUCGAUACAGUAUAAGUGACCCGAAGGCGAUUCACACUAUUUACGGCUUUGGUUCGAAAUUCAGCAAAUCCGAUUAUUACACCCCCUUUGGUGCACCAUCCAUGGAUCACAAGGACGUCUUCUCUGAGAUGAGCAAUGAGAAGCAUGCGCUUGAACGGAAGAAGACCUCCAACAUGUACUCUAUGAGCUCUUUGGUGUCAUACGAGCCAUUCGUUGACAAAGUCAAUGGCGAAUUUAUGGACGCGUUGGCCGACCAUUCUCAGCACGGACGCGCAUUCGAUUUGUUCACCUGGAUGCAAUUUUACGCAUUCGACGUAAUUGGCGAGAUCACCCUAGGACGAUCAUUUGGCCUGAUCGAAGCUGGCUACGAUAAGGAUGGCCUUUUGCAUGCUGUUCACGUUGGCUCAGUAACUUACGGUUCCACGUUGGGACUAGUGCCUGAGAUUCAUCCGUGGUAUCUUUGGUUUCAAAAUGUCUUCCCCAUCGAAAGCCAUUGGCGAACCGUCCAACGAGUCAUACAGAGGGAGAUUGGUGCCCGAAUGCAGGGCGUCAGUGCUAGCGACCGUAAGGACUUCCUAGAAAAGUGUGUCGAAUUGAACAAAGCUGGAAAGGUGGAUGAGUUCACAAUUAACAAUGUGCUUGGUUCCAACAUUGGCGCUGGCUCCGACACCACUGGUAUCAGCAUAACCGCCAUCAUCUACUUCCUCGUGAAGCAUCCACAUUGCUUGCGGAAGAUCCACGAUGAAAUUGACACAGCCACUCGGCAAGGAAAACUUUCUAAUCCCACUACUUUUCAAGAAGGCCAAAAGCUUACAUACUUGCAAGCUACCAUCAAAGAGGCUUUGAGGUUGCAUGCAGCUGUCGGCCAGAUUCUCAGCAGAGUGGUUCCAGAAGGCGGUGCACAGCUCGCUGGAAGACACUUUCCACAAGGCACCGUGGUGGGCGUAAAUGCAUGGGUGAUUCAUGGCGACGAAAGUAUCUGGGGCAAAGAUGUCCACGAGUUUCGACCAGAACGUUGGCUGGUCGACAAAGAGCACAUUGCAUUCUUAGAUCAACAUUUCUUAGCGUUCGGUGCUGGUGCAAGAACUUGUAUCGGCAAGAACAUCUCGCUUCUUGAAAUGACAAAACUGCUGCCGCAACUAUUGCGGAGGUUUGACUUUGUUCCUGUAGGUAACAGCCAGUGGACGACUACUAGUAUGUGGUUUGUCAAACAAAAGAUCCAAGUAAAAGUUAUUGACAGAGAUCUUGAGACCAGUCGAAAUGUCUCGUAG